AUGUGUUUUUCCUUAAGAAGCUACUAUAAUGCAUUUCUUCAAAAUAGUUUGUUUAUAUUUAUCAUUUCUUCAUUACUUGAUCACCCAGAAGCCAGAAUUAUUGUGGUAGGCACCUGCAAUUUUUAUCAAGGAAGUUGGGUUAUUGAUAAUUCAUAUCCUAUUUAUGACUCUUCAAAAUGUCCAUUCAUCGGUGAAGGUUUCGAUUGUCAAGGUAAUGGUCGACCUGAUAACUCUUACCUUAAGUACAAAUGGAGCCCGAGUGGAUGCGAAAUACCCAGGUUUGACGGCCAAGAUUUCUUAAAGAGAUACGUGGGGAAGUCGAUCAUGUUCGUGGGGGAUUCAAUUAGCCAUAACCAAUGGAGGUCAUUCUCUUGUAUGCUGCAUGCUGCUGUUCCCAAUAUGAGGUAUACUAAAUCAACCCAAAGAGGACGAAUAAAGUAUCUCAAUUUCACGGAUUACAGGGUUUCUCUAGUUUAUAUUCGUAAUGUAUUCCUGGUUGAUUUAGUUGUUGAAAACACAGAACGAAUUCUCAAGAUUGAUACCAUAAGCAGCGGUGAUGCAUGGAAAAAUGCCGACGUUACUAUCUUUAACACUUGGCAUUGGUGGUUACACACUGGAAAAUUACAGCCGUGGGACAAAAUUCAGGAAGGAAACAUGUGGUAUAAAGAUUUGGAUCGCAUGGUUGCUUUUGAGAAAGGUUUGACUACUUGGUCAAAGUGGGUAGACAGAAAUAUUAACCAUCAAAAUGCUCAAGUCUAUUAUUUAGGAAUUCCUCCGGUUCAUUACAGAGGCAACGAAUGGGGUUCUCCGGGGCAGAAGACGACUUGUAGAAACCAAACUACACCAAUUGCUGGAUCAAUUUAUCCGGGGGGUCAAAUUCCUGGACAACCAGUAGUUCAAAAAGUUUUAAAUGAAAUGACUUCGCCUGUUUACUUUUUAGACGUGACACUGUUAUCUCAGUUGAGAAAAGACGGUCACCCUGGGAUUUAUGGCAACAAAGCGCAUAAAGGGUUGGAUUGUAGCCACUGGUGUAAUGCUGGUGUUCCCGAUACUUGGAAUCAUCUUUUUUAUGCAUCAAUUUCUCUUCCAAGGAAAUGAUAAAGAUAACAUUAACCAUGAAGAUAGUUUAAAGGCAGCCUGAUCCGGCCAACGAAUCGUAAUCAAACGCCUUACGAGACGGAGCUAGCACACACCUUGGUCGAAAAAAGAUCGUCAAUUGCAACUAACUCUUCUCAUCUAGCCUUUCAUUUAUUUGCUUUUGGCAGGCAUGCGUAAAUCUUGUCAGCUUUGUAUAACACACUAAAGGCUGCCCUAUUGGGCCAACAUAUGUGCCGAUCAUGAAAACAGACUCUAGGUCUUUCCUUUGUGACAUUUGAAAUGCUCAAUCUACAUUUUAACAUAAAUUAAUAGAUGUUGGUGGUAGGGCAUCUUUUGGUUAUUGAUCCAACAUUGUGUUCCUCUGAAUCUUUUAUACUA